AUGAAUCUUCCUCGGUGUGGUAGGAAGCGGCGGCGUUCGACGCCGGGCUCCGAUUCCUCGGGGAGCGACGGCGACGGCAGUGACGGCCCGCUGGGCUCCGGGCCCGGGCUGAGGCCGCCCGGCGCCGCGCCAGGGGAAUGCAAGCUGACAAUUCCUGACGACCAAACAGACAAACUACUUUUGGCAAACUGGGGACUUCCUACGGCUGUUCUAGAGAAAUAUCACAGUUUUGGUGUAAAAAAGAUGUUUGACUGGCAGGCAGAGUGCCUUUUGCUUGGACGUGUCCUAGAAGGAAAGAAUUUAGUCUAUUCAGCUCCUACAAGUGCUGGAAAAACUCUGGUUGCUGAAUUACUUAUUUUGAAGCGGGUUUUGGAAAUUCGGAAGAAAGCUUUGUUUAUUCUGCCCUUUGUGUCUGUGGCUAAAGAGAAGAAAUAUUAUCUUCAGAGUUUGUUUCAGGAAGUAGGAAUAAAAGUAGAUGGGUACAUGGGCAGUACCUCUCCAGCAAGGCAUUUUUCCUCCUUGGAUAUUGCUGUUUGCACAAUUGAGAGAGCCAAUGGUCUGAUCAAUCGCCUCAUCGAGGAAAAUAAGCUGGAUUUGCUAGGAAUAGUGGUCGUGGAUGAACUGCAUAUGUUGGGAGACUCUCACCGAGGGUAUUUGUUGGAGCUUUUGCUGACCAAGAUUUGCUAUAUUACUCAGAAAUCAACAUCUUGCCAAGAAAAAUUAGCCAACCCUGUCUCUAAUGCCAUACAGAUUGUUGGUAUGAGUGCAACUCUUCCUAAUUUGGAACUUGUAGCUUCCUGGUUGAAUGCUGAACUCUACCACACUGACUUUCGUCCUGUACCACUCUUGGAGUCAGUGAAAAUUGGAAAUUCCAUAUAUGAUUCUUCAAUGAAGCUUGUGAGGGAAUUUCAACCCAUGCUACAAGUGAAGGGAGAUGAGGAUCAUAUUGUUAGUUUAUGCUAUGAGACCAUUCGUGAUAACCAUUCAGUGUUACUUUUCUGUCCAUCAAAGAAAUGGUGUGAGAAGCUGGCAGAUACCAUUGCCCAUGAAUUUUAUAAUCUAUACCAUAAAGCUGAGGGUAAUGUUAGAUCAUCUGAACUUCCACCAGUGAUUCUAGAACACGAGGGUAUCCUAGAAGUGAUGGAUCAAUUAAAACGUUUGCCUUCAGGACUGGACUCCGUUUUGAAAAAAACUGUACCAUGGGGAGUAGCUUUUCAUCAUGCAGGUCUUACUUUUGAGGAGAGGGAUAUCAUAGAAGGAGCCUUUCGUCAAGGUCAGAUUCGGGUCUUGGCAGCAACUUCGACUCUUUCAUCUGGGGUGAAUUUACCUGCACGCCGUGUAAUUAUUCGAACUCCUAUUUUUAGUGGUCGACCUUUAGAUAUUCUUUCGUAUAAGCAGAUGGUUGGCCGCGCUGGUAGGAAAGGAGUGGACACAGUAGGUGAGAGUAUCUUAGUUUGUAAGAACUCUGAGAAGUCAAAAGGCAUUGCUUUAGUCCAGGGAUCUCUAAAACCCGUUCGAAGCUGUCUGAGAAGACAAGAAGGAGAAGAAGUAACUGCAAGCAUGAUACGAGCUAUUUUGGAGAUUAUAGUCAGUGGAGUGGCAAGCACAUCACAAGAUAUGCAGACUUAUGCCUCUUGCACAUUUUUGGCUGUGAGUAUGAAUGAAGUGAAGCAGGGAAUUCAGGAAAAUCAAGAGUCUGUUCAACUUGGUGCAAUUGAGGCCUGUGUAAUGUGGCUGCUAGAAAAUGAAUUCAUUCAGAUUACUGAACCUAGAGGUGGAACAGAAGAAAAAGUGUAUCAUCCAACACAUCUUGGUUCAGCAACACUCUCUUCUUCACUUUCUCCGAUUGAUACUUUAGAUAUUUUUGCUGACCUCCAAAGAGCAAUGAAGGGCUUUGUUUUAGAGAAUGAUCUUCAUAUUGUCUAUCUGGUUACACCUAUGUUUGAGGAUUGGACUACUAUUGAUUGGUAUAGAUUUUUCUGUUUAUGGGAGAAACUACCAACUUCAAUGAAGCGGGUCGCAGAGCUAGUGGGAGUUGAAGAAGGGUUCUUGGCUCGUUGUGUGAAAGGAAAAGUAGUAGCCAGAACUGACAGACAAUACCGACAAAUGGCGAUCCAUAAAAGAUUUUUCACCAGUCUUGUGCUGUUAGAUUUAAUCAGUGAAGUUCCCUUAAAGGAAAUCAAUCAGAAGUUUGGAUGCAAUCGUGGACAGAUUCAAUCUCUGCAACAGUCAGCUGCAACUUAUGCAGGGAUGAUUACAGUGUUUUGCAACCGCCUGGGCUGGCACAACAUGGAACUACUUCUUUCCCAGUUUCAGAAGCGCCUCACCUUUGGUAUCCAGAGGGAGCUGUGUGACUUGAUCAGGGUGUCCCUACUGAAUGCACAGCGAGCCAGGUUCCUUUAUGCUUCUGGCUUUCUUACUGUGGCAGAUCUUGCCAGGGCAGAUAUUUCUGAAGUGGAAACUGUUCUGAGAAAUGCUGCACCUUUUAAAAGUGCCCGGAAGGCAGUGGAUGAGGAAGAGGAAGCAGCUGAAGAAAGGCGGAACAUGCGAACUAUUUGGGUGACUGGAAAAAAAGGUUUGACUGAAAGAGAAGCAGCAGCUCUUAUAGUUGAAGAAGCCAAUAUGAUUCUGCAACAGGAUUUAAUGGAAAUGGGAGUGCAGUGGAAUCCACAUUCCCUUUCAAAAUCUAAUUCAUUGUCCAGCAAUGAGUCAGAAGUAAAGGAACAUCAACUUGUACCUCAAAUUAAGCAUUUUCAUAAGAGACAAAAGGAAAAAAGUAAUGCAUUAUCAAGGAACAAAAGCUAUACAUUAUUUCAUGUUUCUUCUGUUAUGCAUCCGUCAAAUACAAUGCAAGAUUUAAAUCAAAGUGGAGAGCAUACAGAGUCUAUUUGUUAUAAGCACCAGAAAGGCAAUCAGGUACAUCAAACACAUUGCUUUUCGAGAGCAAGAAAACGGGCUUCUUUGAGUAUCAAUAAUAAGUUAGGUACCUCUUUGAGGAAACCAAGCGGUAAGAUUGCUGUUCAGACCAUCUCAUCUGAGAAAACUGAAAAAGAAACUUCCAGUUUGAAAAAGAUUAGUAAAACCAACGGAUCUUCAAAACCGAGUAAACGUUUAAAAUGUUUGAGAGACAGGAGCCCAGUGGAAGGCACUGGGAUGUCUAAAAUUGAUUUACAAGAACAGCCCAUGUCCAAUCCCAUUCAGAGUGAAAACUCAUUUACCUUUGAUGAGAGCAAUAUGAAAUUCAGAACUCCAGAGCCAUUUGCUAAAAAGGCAUCCUCUUGCGGCAAGGAACAACAUAAUAAAGGUUCAUUCCCAGCACAAGAACAAAAUUGUUCACAGAACAGACCCCCUGCUAAUGACAUUCUUGCAGAACAGACUAUAGCAGAACCUUUGAGUAAAGCAGUGACCUGUCAAGCCACUAGUGUGGUUAGUAAAAAUGGAAGUGGAUUAGCUGUUGUUGAGUCAGAAAAUGUAAACAGUGUGUUAGUGCAAAAUGAUUCAAAAAACCAGAAUGUGAAACACCAUGAUACCCAUCCAACUAACCAGAGUUUGAAAAAUGAGUCUGAUAAAAAUAUAAAUAAUUAUGCCAAAGAAAAAAUAAUAGAGAGACAAAUGCCCUAUGAGACAGCCAGUAGUUAUAGAAAUAGAGACUUAAAUGCCACUGAAUGUGAAAACAUCAAGUUUAAUACCAGGGAAAAGAAAACAAAUGGUUUUCAAGUAUUGGGAGAUAAAAUAAGCAGCACUGAUAUACCUAGUGAAGUACUUCAGCCAGCUGAAACAUUUGAUAAAUCUGGAAACCAACAUGAAAAUUUUUUGAAUACAUGUGAAGUACAGGAAAAAUUAAGUGCUUAUACAGUAAACAGAGGUAAAAAUAAUUGGGUUUCUAACUUAGGCUCAGAUUUUGAAGAUAGCUUGUAUCUGGAUACUCAGUCAGAAAAAAUAAUACAACAGAUGACAAUUGAAAAUGCUAAAGAAGAAACAAAGAACUCCAACCUAGCAAAAGGAAUAAUGCAAAAGAGCUUUGACAAAAAGAGCUCAAUGAGCUCUUUACAGGAGAUUCAAAUAGCUUUUCCUAGAAAUUCACACUUCUCAGAAGUAACAAAUGCAGAUCAUUUGAAACUUAAAAUAGGAGAUAUGAAAGAGAGCUCUGAUUCACAGGCCACUGAUAGCCUGAUUCCAGAAAGCCCAGUUUUAUAUUCUCCGGUACUAAUUGGGGAAAAUGGCCCUUGUUUUAAAGGGAAUGAACAUUCUGUUACUGACUCCCAAUUAAAUAGUUUUCUUCAAGGUUAUCGGACACAAGAAACUAUUAAGCCAGUUAUACCUCUGGUUCCUCAAAAGUCAACUCCCACUGGCAUGGAGGUAGAAUGUCUGCCAGUUUGUGAAACAGGUUUGAAUUUGAGUGAUAGUUUACUAUUUGAUAGCUUCAGUGAAGAUUGCACAGUAAAAGAACAACCUGAUGAACAAGCAAAAAAACCUUUAGAUCCUUCUGAAAUAGUAUCAGCCCAUUUUAAGAAUUCUCUGUGUCUUCAACGAGAGGAGUCAAAUGGGAAUCAAGAUAAUCAGCAACUGUUGACUUGUUUUAGUGAUGAGUCUAUUAUAUUUUCAGAAAUAGAUUCGGCUCAGAUGGCUGAAGUUUUGGAAAAUAGAGAUGUAUUUCCUACUCAAGAGAAACUUAAUACUGCAUUAUCUCUUAGGCCAUUAGAACUCAGUGAUCCAGCAAUUGUAAAUAAGGAUUAUCUUCAUAGAGAAGGAAUUGAAAGUGAUAAAGAUGAAAAGUCUCAAAAAUACAUAUUCUCUGGGACAAGGCAAAACAAAUCAUUUAUAUGGUCAGAGUCAUCAUUUGAUUUGAGUACAGGACUACAAAGGAUUUUAGAUAAAGUGCCAAGUCCUGUAGAAAGUGUAGAGCUAAAUAUACAGAAAGGAAAACAUACAGAGCUAAAUGACAGGCAAGAAGUGAUUUUGAAUUUGGAGUCAAAUCAAGUGUGUGGAAUUUUAUUAUCCUCUAAUACAGAAGCAACGAGCAAGAUGGACAUCAUGGAGAACAAUGCCACUCACAGCAAAACCUCAUCUCUCCUGCCACAUAAAGAAAACUGUAUUGAUGAUAAUGGUCUCAUUCCUCCUACACCCAUGCCAGCAUCUGCUUCUAAAUUGGCAUUUUCAGGUGUUUGUGGAACAUCUGUAAAACUUCAGAAAACUAGUAGCAUUUUACAACUUGGUGAAAGUCAUUCAUUGGAAUCACCUUCAAAUAUUAAAAAGCCUGAUUUAAGUUUUGAGUGUAGAAGUAUUUUCAGAAACAACAGUCUUACUCAAGGCACAAGUUUUUCACUGCAGUUAUCACAAGAUGAAUUGCAGUUAACUGCAUCCUCAUGCAGUUCGGAAAGUCUGGCCAUAAUUGAUGUGGCAAGUGACCAAAGUCUCUUUGAAACAUUCAUUAAGGAGUGGCAAUGCAAAAAUCGAUUUUCCAUCUCACUGGCUUGUGAAAAGGUCAGCAAUUUGACAUCAUCUAAAAGUGCUACAAUUGGUGGUAGAUUUAAGCAAGCUAACUCACCUCAGGAAACUACUCUUAGAGAUGACGGAUUUCCUGUUAAAGGUUGUGAUGAUCUCUUGGUGGUAGGAUUGGCUGUAUGUUGGGGUGGAAGGGAUGCCUACUAUUUUUCGUUGCAGAAAGAACAAAAGGAUUCUGAAAUUAGUGCCAGUUUGGCUGCACCUUCUCUGGAUCCAAGGCUGACUGUGAAAGACAGAAUGUGGCAUCUUCAGUCCUGUUUUCACAAAGAAUCUGACAAAGAACGUUCUGUUAUCAUCUAUGAUUUCAUUCAGAGCUAUAAAAUUCUUCUUCAGUCUUGUGGCAUCUCCUUAGAACAAAGUUAUGAAGAUCCUAAGGUGGCAUGCUGGUUACUAGAUCCUGAUUCUAAGGAGCCAACCCUUCACAGCAUAGUUACCAGUUUUCUUCCUCAUGAGCUUCCACUCCUGGAAGGGAUAGAAACUGGCCAAGGAAUUCAAAGCCUGGGCCUGAAUGUGAACACUGAGCAUUCUGGGAGAUACAGGGCAUCUGUGGAGUCUAUCCUCAUCUUCAACGCCAUGAAUCAACUUAACUCUUUGUUGAAGAAGGAAAACCUUCAAGAUGUUUUCCAUAACGUGGAAAUGCCAUCUCAGUACUGCUUGGCCUUAUUAGAACUGAAUGGGAUUGGCUUUAGCACCGCAGAGUGUGAAAGUCAGAAGCACAUAAUGCAGGCCAAGCUGGAUGCCCUCGAGACUCAGGCCUAUCAGCUCGCAGGCCACUCCUUUUCCUUCACAAGUUCUGAUGACAUUGCUGAGGUUUUAUUUCUGGAGCUGAAGUUACCACCAAAUGGAGAGAUAAAAAACCAAAGCAGCAAGAAAACUCUGGGUGCCACCAGAAGAGGGAACGACAAUGGACAGAAGCUAAAGCUGGGAAAACAGUUCAGCACUAGUAAGGAUGUUUUAAAUAAAUUAAAGGCAUUACAUCCUUUGCCAGGCUUGAUAUUAGAAUGGAGAAGAAUCACGAAUGCUAUUACCAAAGUGGUCUUUCCCUUGCAACGGGAAAAGCAUCUGAAUCAUUUUCUUGGAAUGGAAAGGAUCUAUCCUACGUCACAGUCACACACAGCUACAGGACGAAUCACUUUUGUAGAACCAAAUAUUCAAAAUGUGCCAAAAGAUUUUGAGAUCAAAAUGCCAACACUAGUCGAGGAGAGCCCACCUUCCCAGGCAGCGUGCAGAGGCCUCCCUCCUAAGGGCAGAGGAAGAAACAAGAAGGGAUAUGGUGUGAGCCCUUGGCACCAGGCAGAGAAGGAGGAGAGAGCCUCAGACAGAGGAAUGCCUUUUUCUGUUAGCAUGCGACAUGCCUUUGUGCCCUUCCCAGGUGGUUUUAUAUUAGCUGCUGAUUACUCUCAACUUGAACUGAGGAUCUUGGCUCAUUUAUCCCAUGAUCGACGUCUCAUUCAAGUAUUAAACUCUGGUGGUGACGUUUUCAGAAGUGUUGCAGCUGAGUGGAAGAUGGUGGAACCAGAGUGUGUUGGGGAUGAUCUGAGGCAGCAAGCGAAGCAGAUUUGUUAUGGAAUCAUUUAUGGAAUGGGAGCUAAAUCUUUGGGAGAGCAGAUGGGCAUUAAAGAAAAUGAUGCUGCUUGCUACAUUGACUCCUUCAAAUCUAGAUACACAGGAAUUAAUCGUUUCAUGAGAGAGACAGUGAAGAACUGUAGGAGAGAUGGAUAUGUUCAAACCAUUUUGGGAAGACGCAGAUAUUUACCAGGAAUUAAAGACAACAACCCUUAUCAUAAAGCUCACGCUGAGCGUCAGGCUAUCAACACCACAGUCCAAGGCUCAGCGGCUGAUAUUGUCAAAAUAGCCACAGUUAAUAUUCAGAGACAACUGGAGACUCUUCAUUCAACCUUCAAGUCCCAUGGUCACCGGGAGGGCGUGCUUCAAAGUGACAGAAAAGGAAAGUUACCCAAGAGAAAACUUCAGGGCAUGUUCUGCCCAAUCAGAGGCGGUUUCUUCAUCCUUCAACUCCAUGAUGAACUCUUAUAUGAAGUGGCACAAGAGGAUAUUGUUCAGGUUGCUCAGAUUGUGAAGAAAGAAAUGGAAAAUGCCAUAAAACUUUCUGUGAGUCUGAAAGUGAAGCUGAGAAUAGGUGACAGCUGGGGAGCACUGGAGGACUUUGAUGUGUGACUGACCAUUGCUGUGUGGAUCAACUAAGCUCGCCCUCCCAGGAGAGCCCGGAAAGAGCAAAGAUCACCCUCCGCCCUCUCCAGUAGAAACACCACUGAGUCUUGAGAGACCUGGAGAAGUUGAGAAUUUAAUAUCUUUAGCAUUUAAAAAACAUUUAUUUGAGGCAAAACAUCAAGUUUAAUGAUUAUAUUCAGCCUCGGAGAGUACCCAUGAAGUGCCUUUUAUUUGUACUGUGGCUUUACACAGGUUCAGAACACUUACUUGAAAUAAGCACUUAAUACUAAGGGGUUUUAGCUGCAACCUGGGGAAGCUCAGCCCUGGGCAGGAUUCAGACACUUGCCCUGUAGGCCCCCAGAAGAGAUGAGGAGUGUGGCACAGUGGUAGAGUACUUACCUCAGUGACCCAGGCUCUGGGCUCCACGCUUUGCACUGCAAGUAAAUAGUUAAUUAAAAAUAGACCCCUGGUAGUAGCCAUAGGCAGAUAGGGAUUUGGGUUCAUGUGCCACUAAGCUUAGGCAUUGUUCAUAACCAAUAUAAAACCUUCAAAGUAAAAAUUUUGUUUUGAGUCCACACCCAGCUUUGCUUGGUGGGGUGUCAGUGUGUAUGUGGGGGGGGUGGAGAAGAGAGGGGCAGGGGUCUGAAGGUGCUCUCUGCGAACAGAUGGCCCCAAAAAUCCAUCUGGGACCAGGAAUUGAAAAUGGGGUUUCCCCAUGCAAAGCAUGAACUCCAGCCCUUUGAGCCAUCUCCCUGGUCAAAAAUAAUAUUUUAAGAUAGCAUUAGCUCGAUUAUGAAUUCUGUAAAGUGGUUAAUAAGACUGGGUAUGGAUAUAUUUUAAAAAUAGACUUAUUUUCAAAUAUGAUUUUUUCCUUCUAACUUAUACAAUGAAUGUAUUUGUAAUAUUGUAUGUUAUAUGAAAGUGCUGCCUCUUCGGGAAGUGUCCUCUUCUGUAACCUCAGACGUUCAUAUGCUGUUUACUGUAGUCCAGCGAGAGAAGGUCCCUCUGUGCUGCUCCUACCAGGGCAUGGCAACUAUCCACGCUUAGCGGAUCAUGCAUCAUCUUCCCAAUCAGAAGUGUGUAACUGAAUUUUUGCUGUUGAAAUACAAUAAAUUUAUCAAAAGGUGCUUUGGUUUCAGCAGAUUGUAAAAUUGUGCUUGGUCUAAAGGUAUCCGAAACCUGUGAAACCUGUUAAAUUAAUUCCAUAUUUUGUUCAACAGGGUCUGUGCACAUGGAAAGUUUUGUCAUGUUCUUAAUCAGUGAUCAAAAGAGCUUUUUUUUUAUAUUUAAGUUUGUUAAUCAGAAUAAAGAAAAACGACGGUUGCUAUUGGAGUAUUAGUAGUAGUUAUAAUAGCAGCAUUAGUAUCCAGGAUGCCAAGGCUCUGUUUGUGGAUGGAAGUGAGCAGAGGGUGGCAGAGAUAAGGGGACCAUAGAAACAUUCUUUUUUGGAGGGUUUUUUGGUGUGUUUUUUUUUUCUUUCAUAAUCACUUGCACUGUGUUUCUCAGAGAUAAAAAUUGUAGCUAGAGCUGUGGACUUGAGAUCCAGCACAAGAGAAAGCUCAACUUACUUGUGACGAUCUCCAUACAUGAAGUGACAGGUAACAUCCAGCCCUGUAGUCACAGCUCCGCUGUAUCAGCAACGGACAUUUUCUUAUCCUUUUAAUUUUUUCAUUCACCCAACCCCCAUUUUUAUUGAAGUAACAUGAUUUUUAUUACUGUUAAUGAUAGCUUUAUAUAUAUAUAUAUAUCAUUCUAGCAUCACAUCCAUCACCAGUAUGCCCUAAUGACACCUCCCAUUUGCUACCCAAGCCUCGUCUCUCACGUAAGCUCAGAUCUGCAGACCAAGUGUCUAUUUCUGUUGCCUUUGGCCAUCUGUUGCUCCCCACCCAAGUGUUUCCUUAGACCCUGUGUGCUGAGGAAGAUCUCUGUCUCUGACCCUCUCCUCUGACUGACUUCACUCACCAUGACAGUAAAUGUAGUAAGCAGGCAGUCUUGGGGCUGAGAGGCCCAUGAGAGAGCCCCAGUUUAAUCCCCAGCACUCCAUGGACUCAACACUAUAGGAAUAUCCCUUAAGCACUGAGCUUGAAGUAGCUCCUGAGCACUGCCAAACCCUCAAAAUAAACCAACCAGCCAAAAAAAAAAGAAAAAAACCCAAACUGCCGAUCUACAUGAUUUAGUUAUAUAAAAUUACAGUUACCCUGGUUUAGUCAAAUAACACUCAUCCCACUACAGCACAAUUCACUUUGCAGUUUCCAUGGCAUGUUGAAUGAGUCACUCAUCAGACUACAAAUCAGCUUGUAUAGAUAAUGGAUGCUCGCUCAUUGCAGUAGACAGAAUAAAAUAACCACAUAUGUGAAAUAUCCACAUCCUAAUCCCCCACAUUUGUAAUUUGUAAAUUUGUUUUAUUACAUGACAAAAGGGACACUGCUCUGUGCUUUUAAGAGAUCUUGAGAUGAGGAAUUCACUGUAUCACUGUAUCACUGUUAUCCUGUUUUAUUCACAGAUUUACUGUGAAUUGAUUUAAAUACAUUGAUUUACUCGAGCAUGCGCCAGUAACAUCUCCAUUUGUCCCAGCCCUGAGAUUUUAGCAGCUGAGUCUCCUUACUCAUCUUUCCCAACAAUUGGAGGUUCUUUCAGGGUCAGAGGAAAGAGACCUGUUAUUGUUACUGUAUUUGGCAUAUCAAAUACGCCACGGGGAGCUUGCCAGGCUCUUCCAUGGGGGCGGGAUACAGAUGAGGGAUUAUCCUGGAUUAUCUAAGUGGCUCAACUUUUUGCUCUCCCAAGAUUUAUUUGUGAGUCUCUGGAUCAUGGUCAUUAAUGAAUUUAUAUGGUGCUUUCUCCAUAUUCUUGAAAGAAGUUUUUACUACUUCCUUGGUUUUGUGUGUGUGUGUGUGUGUGUGUGUGUGUGUGUGUGUGUGAAUAGGCAUU